CAUGAGGUCGCCUUUUAAUGCUGAAGAGUCAUACCGACUCAUGCCCAGUCUGGAGGCCUAGUUCCCAGCACUGUCCUUGGAAAUGGCAGGGACCUGGAGUAGUUCCCUUGAUUCAUACUGGACUCCCAGGGCCCAUUUCAAGACUCUACCUAGAGAAAACUUCAGUCUCUAUCUCUCGGGUGCCUCUCGUGGCCCCCUAAACUUAGUCUCUGACUCCGCCCCCUUCCCAUACGUCAGACAAAACUGACUCUCAGAUCUAUGGGAACUGCAGACAUGUGGUCUUUCUUCCCCGCCCCACUGCAGCUGCUGCAUUUCAGCUGCAUUUCAGGCAGCCAACCUCCUGGAACAGAACCUCCUCCCAUCAUCCUGGCCACUGAGAGAACCUUCUUUUUCUCUGUGCUUCAGCCACCCUGCCUGAGAUACCCCUCUGCAGAUUCUCAAACCCAGCUUGCAGUGGAGCUCUUGUCUCUGGUGCCUUUGCCCAGUGUUGAGCUGAGAUGGCUCAAGCUUGACAUUCCAUCACCCAGGAUCCCAAAAGGCACGCACGGGCUGCUGCUGUGGAUGAUUUAAAACCACGAGGUGGUCUGGAGAGAGGCAUUCCCUCUGCCUGCAUGUGUGGAAACUCCCUGCCAACUUGAUUGGUGGAUCUGGGGGGGAUCCACCCCCACCCCACAAGGAAAGCACAGUCUAUUGUGGGUGGACCUUCAGGUGCCAGCCAGCUGAAGGAUGGCCACCCCUGUGGUCACCAAGACGGCCUGGAAGUUGCAGGAGAUCGUGGCCCACGCCAGCAAUGUGUCCUCACUGGUGCUGGGCAAAGCCUCGGGCCGGCUGCUGGCCACGGGUGGGGAUGACUGCCGCGUCAACCUGUGGUCCAUCAACAAGCCCAACUGCAUCAUGAGCCUGACGGGUCACACGUCCCCUGUGGAGAGCGUCCGUCUCAACACCCCCGAGGAGCUCAUCGUGGCUGGCUCCCAGUCGGGCUCCAUCCGCGUCUGGGACCUGGAAGCUGCCAAAAUCCUUCGCACACUUAUGGGACACAAAGCCAACAUCUGCAGCCUGGAUUUCCACCCAUAUGGCGAGUUUGUAGCCUCGGGUUCCCAGGACACAAACAUCAAGCUCUGGGACAUCAGGAGGAAAGGCUGUGUCUUCCGAUACAGGGGGCACAGCCAGGCCGUGCGGUGUCUCCGGUUCAGCCCUGACGGGAAGUGGUUGGCAUCCGCCGCAGAUGACCAUACGGUGAAGCUCUGGGAUCUGACUGCUGGCAAGAUGAUGUCCGAGUUCCCUGGCCACACGGGGCCUGUCAACGUGGUGGAGUUCCACCCCAACGAGUACCUCCUGGCUUCCGGCAGCUCUGACAGGACCAUCCGUUUCUGGGAUCUGGAGAAAUUCCAGGUGGUGAGCUGUAUCGAAGGGGAGCCGGGGCCUGUCAGGAGCAUCCUCUUCAACCCCGAUGGCUGCUGCCUGUACAGUGGCUGCCAGGACUCGCUGCGUGUCUACGGCUGGGAGCCAGAGCGCUGUUUUGAUGUGGUCCUCGUCCACUGGGGCAAGGUGGCCGACCUGGCCAUCUGCAACGACCAGCUGAUAGGCGUGGCCUUCUCUCAGAGCAACGUCUCCUCUUACGUGGUGGACCUGACGCGGGUCACCAGGACAGGGACGGUAGCCCGGGACCCAGUGCAGGACAGCCGGCCUCCGGCGCAGCAGCCGCCCCACCCCAGCGCCCCCCUUCGCCGCAUCUACGAGCGGCCCAGCACCGCCUGCAGCAAGCCUCAGAGGGUGAAGCAGAACUCGGAGAGCGAGCGCCGCAGCCCCAGCAGUGAGGACGACCGGGACGAGCGGGAGUCUCGGGCCGAGAUCCAGAACGCGGAGGACUACAAUGAGAUCUUCCAGCCCAAGAACAGCAUCAGUCGGACGCCACCCCGAAGAAGUGAACCCUUCCCUGCACCCCCAGAAGAUGACAUGGCCACAGCCAAGGAGGCAGCAAAGCCCAGCCCAGCCACAGACGCACAGUUCUCGGUGCCAAACGUAUGUCCAGGUGGAGCAGGCACGCUUGAGGUCCUGUCCCGGCCCCCGGUCAUCACUUCCACCCCUGCACCCAAGGCCGAGCCUGCCAUCUUUCCUGCCACCCGCAAUGAGCCCAUCGGACUGAAGGCCUCCAACUUCCUGCCUGCCGUGAAGAUCCCCCAGCAGGCAGAGCUGGUCGACGAGGAUGCCAUGUCCCAGAUCCGCAAAGGCCAUGACACCAUGUGCGUCGUGCUCACCAGCCGCCACAAGAACCUGGACACUGUGCGGGGUGUGUGGACCACAGGUGAUAUCAAGACGUCGGUGGACUCGGCCGUGGCCAUCAAUGACCUGUCUGUGGUCGUAGACCUCCUUAACAUUGUCAACCAGAAGGCCUCCCUGUGGAAGCUGGAUCUGUGCACCACGGUUCUGCCGCAGAUCGAGAAGCUUCUGCAGAGCAAGUAUGAGAGCUAUGUCCAGACAGGCUGCACCUCUCUGAAGCUGAUCCUGCAGCGGUUUCUGCCCCUCAUCACAGACAUCCUGGCGGCCCCGCCUUCAGUGGGUGUGGACAUCAGCCGGGAGGAGAGGCUGCACAAGUGCCGGCUCUGCUACAAGCAGCUCAAGAGCAUCAGCAGCCUCGUCAAGAGCAAGUCGGGCUUGAGCGGCCGCCACGGCAGUGCCUUCCGCGAGCUGCACCUGCUUAUGGCCAGCUUGGACUGAGGAGCCCAGAGAGUGGGGGCACCUUCAGGCCUGGCCUCGGCCCCCACGCCUGUUCCCUGUGCGCCCACCAGCCCAUGAGCCUCUGCCCGGCCCCCACUGCUGCCCUGUGGCCAUCCUGGAGGCGGCAGCGCUGGCCCACUGGCCACUCCUCAGCCCUGACCUCUGACAACUUCUCUGCAGCAACAGCUGCCCAGCUUUGCCCAACUCCUGCUUCCUGGGGCAGUGAACUGAACCCUGGGGCUGCUGCUGUAAUUUAUAAGGUGAAUUUUAUUAAAUUUGUAACUAUUCCUUGCU